AAAUAAAUUCUAAAUAAAGGUCAAUUCAUGAAAACCGUAAAGUGCAUUCUACGUAAAUACGUAAAUUAUAGAUAGAGAAUAGAGGGCUUAUCGUAUUUGACAUUUGUGGGAGGAAAAGUACUGAUUGUUUACAAUUUUCUAAAAACUUGGCAGUCCGGAGAAAUACGUAAAUGAUAAUGGAUGCCAAUGUAGAUGAUGACGGAACACAUAGCGAAUUAGAAAAUCCAGAAAACAGACAAAGUAAUGAUGAGGAUUAUUCAGAAGAAAAUACAGAUGAAACAUCUAUAUCUACUGAAAGUACUUUUGAUUUGACUCUACCAACAACACAUUCUUAUUUAGGACAUAAUUUGGAAGAACUUAGAGGAAGGACAAUAUUAGAUGAUGGACUUUACGUAAAUUUGCCAUUGUUAGUAAAACAAUCUGUUAUGUUAUUUCCUGGACAAACAUUACCAAUGACAGUAUUUGAUGCACAAACCAUUGAUAUGAUAAGAACAUGUAUUGAAAAUGAUCGGACAUUAGGUGUUGUUUGUUUGGGAUAUGAUAAAAUGGUACCAAUAGGUACAACUGCAGAAAUUUAUGAAUGUAUGUAUGAUCCUGAUCAAGGUUUUCGUUUAAAAGCUAAAGGUAGACAAAGAUUUAAGAUUUUGCGAGUUAUAAUUCAGGGAUAUGAUAAAAUAUCAGCUCAUGUACAAGUUUUACCAGAAAUAACUCUUGGACCACCAUUUUUGGAUGAACGUUUAGCAUCAUUAGAUCAUUUACGAAUACAACCAAAAAGUGAGGAAGAUUUUAAAAAACAAGAAAGAGUAGAAAAUUUAGAUGCUAUAGUAACUCCUUGGCCUGCUUGGGUAUAUCGGCAAUACGAUCCCUUAAGACUUUCAUUAAAAAUACGACAACGUUUACAAUUUAUUGAGAGUAAAGGAAGUAAUAUACCAGAAGAUCCUGCAGAUUUAUCAUUUUGGGUUGCCCAAAAUUUGUUAUUAGAUGACAAUGAAAGAAUCGUUUUAUUAAAUUACGAUUGUGCAAUUUCAAGGUUACAAAGAGAAAUAAAAUAUUUAGUAGAAGACAAAAUAUUUGUUUGUUCUAACUGCGAUUCUUACAUUGGAAGGCAAUCACAUAUGUUUCCAAUGAGUAAAGAAGGUCCACAAGGUACUUAUUGUAACCCUUCUGGAAUUAUACAUGAAACUGUAACUUUAUAUCAUGCACAAGGCCUUGCGCUGAGUGAUAAUCCAUCAAUAAAUUAUACAUGGUUCCCAGGAUAUGCUUGGACUGUCGCAACGUGUAAAGAUUGUGAUAAUCAUAUGGGAUGGAAAUUUACAGCAGUUCAGAAUAAUUUAAAACCUAAAGCAUUUUGGGGUUUGUUACGUAAAAGUUUGAAAAGCAAAGAGAAGUGAGCAAACCAAAAUUUAAAUAUAUUAUACCGAGAAAUUCGGUGAUUAGUUUGGAAAACCCAGUGCAUAUUUCCCAUAGUUUUUUAGUAUUAUAUGACUAUGUGCAAUUGUUUGUACUGCUUAGUUUUUGUGAGCUAUCAAUAACAAUAAUAUUAAUUUUUCUAAUAUAAAAAAAGACUACAAAACAUACCAAAAUCAGAAUAAUAAAAAAGUUAUUUACUGUAAACAUUGAAUCGACUGAAGUAUGGUAUAUGUAAAUUUCGAUAUUUAAGAGUAUAUAGAAAUUAAUUUUAAAACUCCAUGUGAAACAAAGAUUGGUAUAAAAAUGUUUUAAUAUGUAUACAAUCUUAUUUCACAUCUAUGUUAAACUUUAGAAUUUGUAAAUUGAAUUGAAUGGUUCGAUCAUAUUAAAAAGAUACAUCAAUUGUUAUUUUUGCAAAAGCAGUUUAUUCUGCUCAGUAUGUUUUUUAUGAGUAUCUAGAUAAUAUACAAUUCAUAACUUAAAUUUUUUAUGUAACUAGUCAUUAUGGGACAUGUACAUCUAUCUUUAAUAUCAGUAUAGUAAUAUAAUAAGAAUUUGUCAACGUACCUUGCUAAGAAAUUCAUAAAUCAGAAGUUGCUGAUGUUUAAUAGUUUAAUUAGAUACAAAUUUUUUAUGAAUUGUUUUCAUUUAAUAUGAUGAUAGUGAUAAAAAUCGAAAAGAAUGAAAUAGUAUUGGUUUUUCUUAUUAAUGUAUAAUAUUCACGUUUUCCUUUUUAUAUCAUUAUUUGGAAAAUGCAUGUACAGUUCUAAAAUGAGUUUAACAUCAUGUCAUCAUUAUUAUACUGAACUUCAAUAAUUAUAUACAAGUUAUAAACAAAGAUAUAAUACAUGUUAUUGGAAUAUGAUAUUUUGUUAUUUGUACAUCAGAAUUUAAUAAAUGUGAAUUUAACG